AUGGCAUCAAAUAAUAAUAAAAUCAUUGAUGAAGGAUCGAUAACGCAAGAAAAUGAUUAUUCACCACAACAAGCAAUCAAUGAACAAUCAUUACGAGAAGAUCUUGAGAAAAAUCGAGAAUUACUUAAAAGAAAAUUACAAACACGCCGAUCUUUUCAACAGCUAGUUGAUGUGGGCAUUAUGCCGGCAACUAAUGUUUCGUUAGCAUUCUAUCAAAAACGUAAACAAUUACAAAUGCGAAAAACACAAGAUAUAUUAAAAAACAAAAUUCUUCUAAGACCUAAUCGUCAAUUACUAAUCGAACAUAAUAUUCUAUCGGAUACAACAGCUUCACCAGCUAUUCAAAGAACUCAAUGCAAAUUAAAACGUGCACGUUUAGUUGAUAAUCUCAAUAAUAAAUUAUCUGUACGCCCAGGCAUAUUAGAAUUAGUAGCAAAUAAUAUAUUUAAAAUAGAUUCAAAUGUAAAGCAAGCUAUACAAGAUGGAUAUAUUCGAUAUCCAAGUUUAUCACGACCACUUCGUCAGAAAGUAUCAUCAUUUUCAAAUACAACGAUAUUUAAACGUUCGUUAAAUUCAAUACCAAAAUCUAAAUCAUGUUUAACAUUUCAUGAAUACAAAGGACCAUUGAAAAAAGUUGAAAUAAGUAAAGUUCCGUUGCACGCAGCAUCAAAACCACUUGAACAUAAUCAAACAUCGAGUGAAAAUCAUUAUAGAAUUCAAUUACGACAACAACAAUUAUUUCUUGAACUUAUUCGCAAUGAUAAAUCUACAGGCAAUUCAAAUAAUUUAAUAGGUAGCUCUUUACAACAAUCCAUUGAUAAUAUUCAAUCGUUUGAAACAAUGAAAUUAGCAGAUUUAAAAUCAGAAUGUAAAAAAUUAAAUAUUGGUUCAAGCGGUACAAAAAUGAAAUUAAUUGAAAAAUUAAAAAAUGCUCGAACACAAAUCUCAGCGAAAACAAUGCUUCCAUCCGAUCCGAUCAAUAGUCAAUCGUUACCAUCUCCUGUUCAAUUUUUAUUACCAUCGUCAUUAAGUGAUCAAGAACUCCAUCAUCAUCAACAACAAGAACAGAACCUAAUUGAAGUAGAAAAUCAAUUAGAAACACUAAAACAAUAUGAAUCUUCUUUAUUAUAUUCAAAUCAAUCAUCUUCAACUUUUCAAUCUAGUGAUAAUUCUAACAUGAUUCUACAACAAUGCAAUUCUAUACUAUUGCCACAAACACCAAAUCAAGUUCUCAUUGAACAACAAGAUAAAUCAAAACAAAAUCUUCAACAACAUACAAGUGUACCUUUAACACCUGAAUCUGUUGCACAAUAUCUUGCUCAACCACAAACGUCAGACAACCAUUCAUUGUCAACAUAUCAUUCUAUCUUGUCUUUAUCAACUCAAUCGUUUACGAACCAAACAACAAAUAACGAUGUUAGUUUUAAUCUAUUGGACGAUUAUAAUGUACCAGAUUCAUAUGAUGAUUCAAAUUUAAACAAAGUUAUUUCAACAUGUAUAACAGAUAUGGAUUGGAUCGCAGUACCAUCUCCAAGUUUAAUUGAUAAUAAUCUAGAUUUUACACAGUUUUUUAAUCAACUUGAUACUGAUCAUUGCCAGCAUCAUCAUCUUCCUUUUGAUUCAGCAUUUCAACAAAAUACGCUGUUCUUUGAUACGUUUUCUGCAUCAAAUCCAAUGAUUGAAAAUUAG